AUGGCAACUGAACGGCUCCAAACUUACGAGCAGAAACCCCGCGUCAUUAUCUUGUCGGACAUUUCAAAUGAGCCUGACGAUGCUGAAUCGUUGUGUCGCUAUCUCCUCUACUCAAAUGAGUUUGAAACAGAGGGCCUCAUAGCAUGCACAAGCACGUGGAUGAAGAAUGAGGUUCACCCGGAAGACAUGGAGAAGAUCAUCGAUGCCUAUGCCGGCGCUGUCGACAACCUGAACAAGCACACUCAUCCCAAAUGGCAAUACCCAACUGCGGAUCAUCUACGUGGUCUCAUCAGGAAGGGUGCCGAGACAUACGGUAUGUCUGCUGUUGGCACCGGAACAGAACUAUCUGCUGGCGGACAGCUCUUGUACGACCGGAUUGUUGCGCCAUCUAUCCAGCCGCUGUGGAUCCUCUGCUGGGGUGGAACCAACACGCUUGCUCAGGCUCUCUUGAAGGUUGAUGAUGAUUACGACCCGGACGAUUCCAAGCGCUUGCUUUCGCGUCUGCGCGUCUACGCUAUUUCUGACCAGGAUGACACGGGAGUGUGGAUCCGGAACAACUUUCCAGAUGUGUUCUACAUUUCCUCGGUCCAUGGCUGGAACCAGUAUGGCUUGGCUGCGUGGACUGGCAUUUCUGGCGACAGAUACUAUGGUUUCGAUCAAGGCGGCCCCGACUUUACCAAGAUGGAGAAGAGCUGGAUCAAGGAGAAUAUCCAGAUAGGCCCUCUUGGGAGCGCGUAUCCCGACUAUCUUUUCAUCCCCGAAGGAGAUACACCCACAUUUCUGUACCUCAUUCAGAAUGGCCUGGGCGUCCCUGAUUGCCCGCACUACGGCUCUUGGGGUGGGAGGUAUAGUCGUACAGAUGUCAGCAGCGAAGGUGUCAAUAGCAACCACUACAGCGAUGCAGUGGAUCGAGUUCAGGUCGGCGAUAGGACUUACACAUCCAACCAUGCGACUAUUUGGCGUUGGCGUGAUGCCUUCCAGAACGAUUUUGCUGCGCGCAUCAAAUGGACCAUGGAGUCAGACUUUGCAAAAGCAAACCACCAUCCCGUGAUUAAUAUUAGUGGAUUCAAAGGCCUCACUCCCGCUCAAAUUACUGCCGAGGCUGGAUCUGCUAUUACGCUCGACGCUUCAGAUACAUAUGAUCCCAAUGGAGGCAAGUUGACUUUCAAAUGGUGGCACUACCGUGAGCCCACGGCUACCCAAUGGUGGGUAGACGCUGAGGUCGCCGAGUUGGCAAUCAAAAAGUUGGACAAUGAAGGGAGAAAAGUUGAAAUUACGCUUCCGCCACCAGAAAAGUCCGCCGUGGAAUUCACGAGCAAGCAACCUGUUGCGCAAGGUCAAUUGUUGCAUCUUAUUCUUGAGGUCACCAACGAUGGAACACCUAAUUUGACAAGCUACCGAAGAUUAUUGAUUCAGACGACGAACAAGGAAUUGAAAGGCGGCAAGGAUGGCGGAGCAACUGGGAACGCCACAAAGAAAGCUUGA